AUGAUCAACCAAGUAACCACCCUAAAGAUGACCGAGUUUGUAUUAGGCGAAGACUCUCGCAAGGAUGCAACCAAGUCACUAAAAUCAUUGCUCAAGCACACCACCAGCACCCAGGACAAGCAAUCAAUCUAUGUCAUCAUAAACAUCAAAAUCCCCAUCCUUAGACAAAAAGACUACACACCGAGAAUCAUCCCACUUACACACAAACUCGACAAAAUCACCUCCAAAUCAAUCCUCCUCAUCACCAAAGACCCUUCCACUCCAUAUCGUAAAACCCUCACAGAAUCAAAACUAACAGAAGGAAUCUUCACCAACAUCCUUUCAUUCACCAAACUCAAAUCACUCAUGAAAAAUCCGAAAAACAGCACUAAAUUAUUCAAAGAAAACGAUAUAAUAGUCUGUGAUUGGCGUGUCUACAAAUUCAUGCCCCAAGUACUUGGGAAUAAAUUCUAUAUCAAAAACAAAAAAGUCCCAUACAAGAUCCAAUUCGCCCCUCAGGACCCAACCAUCCCCAAGAAGGAAAGAAGUAAAGAUGUAAGAUGUGAUGAGAAAUAUGUGUAUGCUCAAUUAAAGAGUAUAAUUGGGAAUACGAGCUACAUACCUACUGAUAAUGGAGAUUGUGUGUGUGUCAAAAUUGGAUAUAAUCAGAUGGAAGUUCUGGAAUUGAUGGAGAAUUUGAAUUGUGUGAUUGAUUAUUUUGUGGAUGAGGAUAAGUUUGGUCCUAUUGGUGGUGGGGUGUUGAGAGGGGUGGAGAAUUUGGGGAAUGUGUUUGUGAAGACUAGUGAUUCGAUCAGUUUGCCGGUUUUUAUUAGGAGUAAGGAAGAGAAGGAGGAAGUAGAUGAAAAUGAUAGUGAUUUUGACUUUUAG